AUGACGCAAACACGUUGUCGUGAUUAUCAACGAGCUCAAUGCGUUGCGUUGAGUAAAGUCAAUAUGAGUUGUCGUACAAUUAGCACUUUCGUUGGUAUUUCAAAAUCAUCUGUUCAACGUGCUUUAAAACGAUAUGAAGAAACAGGUGAAUUUCAAGAUCGACCACGUGCCGGUAGACCAAAAAAACUAAAUGAACGAAAUAUGCGUAUGUUAAAGCACUUAGUACAAAAAGGUGAACGAUAUUCGGGAGGUGAAAUAACUAUCAAGUUGAAUGACACGUUAAACAGUCCAGUUACUUCAAGAACAGUUAUUAAUUAUUUGCAUCAAUGUGGAUAUGAAUAUAAAACUCAAAUAACAAAACCAUUUCUUAAUAAGAAUGAUAAAAAAAAUAGACUUAAUUACGAUGAAACAUGCUUUUACGUAAUAAAACGUAAAAAUGAAACAAAAAUAUGGCGUACAAAAGAUGAACGUUGGAAAGAAGGUUGUAUGCAUGUGGCAGCUGCAGGUGGUGGUGGUCGUGUAAAUUUUUAUGGUACUAGCACUUCUGAAAGAUCUGGCUGUUUUCGAAUCUACAAUGAAAAUACUAAUAGUGAUGUUUAUUGUAAAAUUUUAAAUAAUUAUUUAAUUCCAACAGUUCAAUUAUAUCAAAUGGAAAAUAAUUAUUUUUACCAACAUGACAAUUUCAGAUAUCAUCUAUCGAAACAAACUCAAAUGGAAUUUCAUGAAUUAGGUGUUAAAGUAUUAAAAUGGCUCAAUAAAAGCCCGGAUCUUAAUCCCAUUGAGUCAGUAUGGACCGUUAUAAAUAAUAAAUUAAAAUCUACGCCACUCUCGUCGGUAAAAGAAUUAACUGAAGCUUUAUCAAAGGCAUGGUUAUCAAUAACACCACAAUUAUGUCAACAACUUGUAUUUUCAAUGCCACGUCGAAUUCUGAAAUGUAUUGCAGUUAACGGUAAAUGUAUAGACUAUUGA